AAGCCUUUGCCUCUGUGCCUCGGUGCCUAGGUGGAAGUAAGCAGUACCGUUUCUCUCGUCAUCAUGGCCAAUGUGGGCAUCGUCCAGAUGGCUCUGCUCUUGUGUUUCUCCACCACAGCUCUUUCCAUGAAGUACGAUGUGCCUCGGUUCCGACACAGAGGCAGUAUCUCAGCCUCUUGGACUCUCAUAAAUCAGUUGAAUGGAACCUCUCACUAUUGCCUCCAGGACAGGAUGGACUUCAAGUUUCCCGAGGAGAUUAAACUACAGAAGUUCCGGAAGGAGGGAGCCAUAUUGGUCAUCCAUGAGAUGCUCAAUCAGACCUUUGAUCUUUUCAAUAGAAAUUUCUCUAGCACGGGCUGGAAUGAGACCAUCAUUGAGAAACUCUUUGAGGAACUCAGUUGGCAGAUGGACCAUUUGGAGCCAGCCCGGAGGGAAAUCAUGAAGGAGAAAAAGUUCACCUUGAAAGAAAACAUCACCCAGGAGCACCUAAAGGAAUAUUACUCAAGGAUUGAAGAUUAUCUGGAGGACAAGUCGUACAGCAGAUGUGCCUGGAUAGUAGUCCGAGGGCACAUCCUCAAGAACUUUUCUGUCCUUUACAAACUGACAGAUUUUGUCUUCAAAAACUGAACAUCUGUCAGCCUGUGCCUCUGGGAAGGACCAACGCCGACCAUGACCUCAGGCAUGCUUCAGCUGGUCACUCUUUGAUGGACAACUAUGCACUGCCUUUGUAAGG